AUGUUACAUAAGGCAAAUUGUCAAUGGACUUCAAUAGCUUCAUACUUAACAUAAAAAAAAUAUUUUGUUUUUUCCAAUGAUAUUGAUUGUGAAAAGUAUUCUGAUGGGUUUGUUCAAAAUAAUGGGGGAGUAAAAACAACUGCAAAUUUCUUAAAUUGUUCAGAAUAAGGUAGCUAUAUCACUCUUACUAAUACAUAUUCAAUAGCUUAUUAUUUCAAAUAUCAAUAGUUUGAAAAUUAAAUGUUUUUUGUUACAUUUGAUCUUAUACUUUUUGGGGAGUGGAAUGAAUUAGAUCAAGUAACGUAUUCAAUAAAUAGUAAAGAAUAUUCUUGGAUUUAUAAUAAUUCGAUAUAAAAAGUAUAAAUUGCAAAUGGUGUUUGUAAUAGCUAAUCUGCAUUUAUUCAAACAAUAAAUUUUACAAUAAAUUAAACUUCUAUCAAAGGAUAACAUUAAUUUAAAGCAAUUUCUAUAAGUGGUGAUGCAUCAAUAAAGAAUUUUAUAUAUUCAGCAUUGAUAUGUCAUCCAAAUUGUAAAACAUGCUGGGGAAGUUAACCUGAUCAAUGUUCUGAAUGUUUUUAAGGUUAAGUGCAAUUCGAUAAUACUUGUUUAAACAAAUGUCCACCUGAAAGACCGUAUUUUGUAAAAUAGUAGGGAUGCAAGAUAAUUUGUCCUAUGGACUAAUUAUUUUAUAUAAAUGGUUAUUGUGAAAAAUAUAAUAGUAAUUAUUUACAUUCAUAAAUUAGGAAAUAAUUAUUUAUUGCUUGGUUUGUAAGAGUAAAAAACAAAAGAAUAGUACAAUUGGCAAAUAUUAUAUGAUUUUAAAGACUUAAGCCUUCCUAUUCCUCGAAAUUUUUACUAUGAUACUUAUUAUUUGCUUGGUUUAUUUAAAAUGAAUUAAGGUAUUUAUAGAGUAGUAAAUCUAAUAAAUACUUAUAAAUUAACUUUAAUUUAUUUACAAUUAGUUUUAUUUAAUAAAAUGCCAACUGGAAGCAGUAUUGAAUUACUUAUAAAUGAUACAUAUUUUGCUAAAAUUUAUGAAAAUAAUACAGUAAUUGAAACAGAUAAAUUUAUAAUUUAUCGAACAUUUUAAACUUCUGUUUACUCUGAUGGGACAUAAAGUUAUUAAUAUAAUAAUUACUAUUAGAUCUAUUUAGAAACUACUUUAUCAGGCUAUUUUACACUUAAAUUAAUAGGAAAUUAUAUGUAAUAUAUAAAUAUAUUUUAAGAAAUUCUAAUGCAGGAUGGGCUAUUAGAACGAUUGAGAUAUCAUCAGGAUAUUGCCCUUCAUAAUGUAAACAAUGCUCUGAAAAAUUUAAAUGCUUGUAAUGCAAUAAUAAUUACUAUCUUACCAAAUGGACUUAAUGUACACCAUGUAAUAAUUAGAAUUAAAUAUUAAUUGAUGGUUAUUGUUAAGAUUUCGAUCAUAGUGAUGCAACAAUUAGUAUUCAAAUUUAUUUAUAAAUUUAGACUCCUAAUUACUUGUAAAAGAAUUUGUAGGAUUAGAUAUUAAUCCAGAAACAUAUUCUUAAUAUGUUCUAAACAGUUUUUAGGGCUAAAAUUUUUUGAAAGGUGACUAAAUUUAUUAUUCUGUUUAUAAUAAUAGUUAAAGAAUCUUUGGAGGACCAUUUAUAUGGGCUUAAGCAAGAUUUUCAAGAUAAUUUAAUAAUCUUGCUGCUCAUCAUAGUUUUACAAUAGCUUUUGUAGUAGUGUUUGGGCCUAAAUUCUAAGAAAAUGGAAAAUUUAUAUUGUAUAUUGAUGAUUAAUUUACAAAAGAGUUGAAUACAUCUAAUGGUCUAGAAUAAAAAAUAUUUGAAAAAUAUGUUCAUAAUUACAAUAUACUUAAAAUUGAUUGGGAAUGUUAAGGAUUAUAGAAUGAACCUAUUGAAGCUUAUUGUGGAUUUUAUUAGUUUUAUUUAACUAUUCAUUAUUGUAUUAAAGAUUGUUUAAAUUGUGAUUAAACAAGAUGUUUAGAUGAUACUCCAACUAUAUAAUAAAGUUAAUGUACUAAUUUAAAUUAAUAUUACGAUGUUUAUUUAACAGAAUGUGUUAAUUGUCCAAUUAAUUGUUAAGUAUGUAGCUCUUUUUAAAAUUGUUUAUAAUGUAAGGAUAGAUUUGAAAAUUCAAGUUUAGGAUGUAUUUGUAAUAAUAAUAAUUUUUUGGAUAAAUAACAAUAGACAUGUAUAUAGUGUCCUACAAAUUGCAAAUAAUGUAUAAAUGAUUAAGUUUGUACAGAAUGUGAGAUUGAUAAAUAUAGAAUAUUAAUAAAUAGUUAAUGUAUUUGUAUAGAUGGUUAUUUUGAAAAUAAUGGAGAUUGUAAAAUUUGUAUAUAAUUUUGUAAGAAAUGUAAUUAAUAAAAUGAUUGUUAAUAGUGUUUUUAAGGAUAUGAAUUUGAUAAUAUUAGUAUAAGUUGUAAAUUAAGUGGUAAUUAAUAUUAUGUAUAAGGUCUUGAUAUAUUAUUAGGUUGUGAUUAAAAAAAUGGAUGUGAUCCUUGUAAUUUGAAUUAUUCUAAUUGUAAAUGUGGAGAUGGAAUGAUAACUGAUAUUGAAGAAUGUGAUGAUAGUAAUAUAAUAAAAAAUGAUGGUUGUUUUGAAUGUAAAUUAGAGUGUUAAAGUGAAUGCACAAAAUGUGUGAGAGGAAUAUGUUAUGAAUGUGGUAUAAUUGGAUGGUAUUUAGAUAUAUAAAUGGAUAAUAAAUAUAUUUGUAAAGAAUAAUGUAAAGAUGGAAUAAAAUUAGGUAAGGAGAAAUGUGAUGAUAAUAUUGAAUCAACUAAAUUAAUCUGUAAGGAUUGUUUAUUUUAUUGUUAUCCAGAUUGUUAAAAAUGUGAUUUUGAUUAAGGGAAAUGUUUAGAAUGUAGAGAUGGACUUGUUGCAAAAUCAAAUUAUUGUAUUAAUAAUUGUGGAGAUGGUAUAAUAGUAUCAGCUCCCGAUAAAAACAUUUAGGAAUAAUGUGAUGACAAUAAUUAAGUUGAGAAUGAUGGUUGUUCAUCUUCAUGUAAAUUUAGUUGUUAAAGUUCUUUAAUAUGUAAUAAAUGUAUAGAUAAUAUAUGUUAUAAUUGUGUAAAUACAUAUCGAUUAAAUCCAAAAUUACAUAGAUGCGAAUGUACAGAAUCAUGUCUUAAUUGUGAUUUUAUUAAUGGCAAUGGUUGUUUGUAAUGUUAAAUUGGUUAUGAAUUAAGAGAUAAAUAAUGUUAUACUAUUUGUGGUGAUCAAAUAGUCACAUCUCAUGAAUAAUGUGAUGAUGCAAAUCUUAUUCAUGAUGAUGGAUGUCAUUUUUGUUAAUAUAAUUGUUAACAUUCAUGUGCAUUUUGUAUUCAAGGUAGGUGUCUUAAAUGUUUACCAAACUAUUCAUUAUUACUAUCAAAAUGUUAUUAUUUACCAUAAUAAUAAAAUAUAUUCCAUUAUUAGAUACAUAAUUAUUAUUACAAUCCAUCACAUUUAUAAUUAUUAUUCUAUCAACCUUUUGAAUAUAAUAUGUUUCAAAAAGUCAUCCAACUUUAAUCACUUGGAUUAAAUAAUAUUAAAUAAAUGUAAUUAUUAAAAUUAAUUUAUUUCAAUUAUUUUGAAAGUACUCUAUCAUUUGGAUUAAACAAUCUAUAAUAAAAUGAUGAUUAAAUUAUUAACUAUUUAAAACUUUAAUAAGAUGUUAUCAUAUAUACUACUUGUUUUGAAAAUGAUAUUGAAUGUUCAUUAGAAUUUUGUUUAUCAUGUUCAUAAUCAAAUUGUUAAACUUUGACUAAAAAUAAUAGAGAACAAAACUGUCAUUAGAUUUGUGGGGAUGGAAUUGUUUCAAAAGAUGAAGAAUGUGAUUAUUAGAUUUAAAAUUAUGACAAAAUAUGUACUAAUUGUAAAUAUAAUUGUCCUCUCAAUUGUUAAUUAUGUCAUUAAGGAAUAUGUAUCAAAUGUUAUUAAGGUUUUAAUUUAGAUCUUAUUUAUAAUUCUUGUAAUUCUAUUUGUGGUGACAAGUUAAUAACAAUACAAGAAAUUUGUGAUGAUGGAAACAAUAUCAUUUAUGACGGAUGUACAUAAUGUUAAUUUUAAUGUUAAGAAACAUGUACAAAUUGUUAUUAUGGAAAAUGUCUAUCAUGUUAAUCAUCCUUAUUUUUUGAUUAAAAGAAAGGAACAUGUUUAGAUAAGAAAUUAUGUAAUGAAUCAAAUGGAUUAUAUUAUAAUGAUUUAACAAACUCAUGUUUUACUAUAUGUGGAGAUCAAAUUAAAGCUUUAGAUGAAUAAUGUGAUGAUGGUAAUCAAUUACGUUAUGAUGGAUGUUAUUAAUGCCAAUUUGAAUGUGAAUAACUUUGUUUAAUAUGUACUAAUGGUAAAUGUACCUAAUGUAUUGAUGGAUAUAUAAUUUAAAACUAAAUUUGUAUUAAUUAAUGUGGAGAUGGAUUAGUACUUACAUCAGAAUAAUGUGAUGACGGUAAUAUUGUUUCUAGAGAUGGAUGUACAUAAUGUAUUAUAGAUCCAGGCUACAAAUGUAUAAUCAUUCAAAAUUAAAGUUUUUGUUUUACUUGCACAUCUAAUUGUAAUUAUUGUACAUAUUUCAAUAAUUAAAUUAUUUGUAAUUCUUGUAUAAAAGGAUAUUUCCUACUUGGAAAUGAUUGCAUUAAAUGUUCAGAAUCCUGUUUAGAAUGUGAAAAAACUCCAAAUAAUUGUACAUCAUGUAAAAUUCAAAAAUGUGAAAAAUGUCAAAAUGAUUUAGGAUUAUAUCCAAAUUAUAAUCUAUAAAAAUGUGUAUCUAAAUGUGGAGAUUUAAUUAAAGCUUCAGAUGAAUAAUGUGAUGAUGGUAAUAAUUAAACAGGAGAUGGCUGUAAUUCUUUAUGUUAAAUAGAAAAAGGAUAUGAAUGUGUUAAAAAUAUAUGUUCAAAAAUACCAGAUAAAAAAGUAAUAGCUAAUUUCUCUAAUAAAACCACUAUUAAUAAUAAUUUAGAAUUAAUUGGCGAGAUUGAUUUUUUUAAUAUCUGCUCUUAAAUAUAAAUAAAAAUCGAUUACUUUAAUUCAACAGAAUUUAAUUACACUUUAAAAUCAUUUUUAAUUAAUUAAACAUCACUUUCUGGAUGUUAUUUAGACUUUUAAUUUUAUAAAACAAUUACAGAAAUUAAUCUAAUUCAUCUUUUAAUUCCAAAAUCUAUUAAUUCUUCAAGAUUUUUAGAUGAAAUUUAAGAUAUCGUAAUCAUACCCAGAAAAUAAAUCUUUUACAAUUAAAACUAAUAAGCAUAAGCAUAAUAAAUAGCUACUGCUUCUAAUUAAUUUAAAGUUAUUUUAUAAAUGCUUGGUCCUAUAACCAUUAUUCUUGGUGGAUUAGAUUCAUUUUGGACUAUUCUCGAAAUUCUUACAUGGAUUAAUAAUUUUUAUUUUUUUGAUAUUAACUAUCCACUCAAUGUUUAAUAAUUUUUUAAACAAAUCAAAUGGGAUGAUAUUUUUGCCAUACCAAAUUUAAUUCAACUUAAUUAACCUACUGACAUUUAUUAUUUUUAAGCUCCUCCAAAAUUUACUGAAAAAGAUGUUAACCCUAUUUUUAUUGUUAAUGUUCAAAUAUUCAUUUGCAUGAUCAUAAUUUCUAUUAUCAUUUACUUUUUAUGUUGUGUUGUUGUUAAAAUUUUUGAAAAAAAAUUGAAUGCUACAACUUUAUAAACACAUAAAAUAUAUGUUUAUACCAUUUGUUAAAAAGAUUAAAAAAUAUAAAUUCAAGAUUAAGCAAAAAAAUAAAAUCCAGAUCUUUUUAAAUAAAAGCUUUAAAAAUUAUCUAAAUUAACACUUUUUCUUUUUAAAGUUACUUAUGAAUACAAAUAGAAUAUUCAAUCUAAUUUAUUUUCCAUAAUUGAUUUAUUUAUAUUAGAUAUUUUUAUGGCAAGCCUUUUACAAAUAAUUUGUACUUAAAACUUUGAUCAUUACAUCAUUAUCAUAAAUUUUGCAUUAGCCUUAAUCAGUGUAAUUUUUAUAUUAAUAAUUCUUUAAGUUUACAUUAAUGUAAGUUCAAAGCAUCCUCAUUUAUUAAAUAAUUCUAUAUAUCAACGCAAAUAUUUUUCAAUUUACUCAUCAAUUAAUUAUGAAAAUUCAUUAUCAAGAAAAUAUUGUUAUUGGAAUAUCAUUAGAAAAGCAGCAUUUAUUUUUUCACUUAUUUAUUUCUACGGAAAACCCAUUUUACAAACUAUAUUAUGCUCCAUCUCGUGUUCAAUUAAUUAAUUAUUUCUUCUCUACCAAAAUCCAUUUAAAGACAAACUAUCAUUAAUUAGAGUUGGAAUACCUGAUUUUUGUAUCUUUUGCAUUACCCUAUUGAAUGUGUUGAUUUCUGUGGAUGAUUUCACUCAAAUAUUAAAUGUCCAAUAAAAAUUUAAUAUUGGAUGGGUUAUCAUAACCCUAAUUAGUUUAUCAAUUUUUGUUUAACUGUUGUUUUUAUUAAAACAAUUUCUUUUUAAUAUUAAAUCUAAUUUAUUAGGUAUUUUAAAGUUUUUCUGCGGAUGA